CCCGGUACGCAGAGCAGACGAGAACGUCAAACCGGUCGGCACUCGCGUUCAGGUUAAACGUGACCACGCGAUUACUUCUCCUGUUGAUCCUGUAUAAACGAUCAUCGUCAGAUCUAUAUUGGAAAAAAUCAUUGUGUUUCUCUUUCUACGUUUUACAAACUUUUAAAGACACAACGUAGUAGAGCAGGAACUAUAUUCCUCCCACGUCACCUCACGUGUCUACUACGCGUGAUAACACACAUCGCAUUAUAUUAAAUAUUCUACGUCUUACGAAGGACAAGGACACUCUUCGUUGGAAUAAUAAAAGAAAGAGAGAGAACGAGAUAGAAAGACUAAAAACAAAAUAAUUCUUUUUUAUUGCUUUGUUUUAAAUUUUUUUUUUUUUAUUUAAUUUUGAGGAAUAUGAGAGAAAUUAAAAUUAAGAUUGGAAUAAAUUUUUCCUCGAAGAUGUGUUUUUAUCGGAUUAAUUAUGCUACGUGAACUUUGUCAUCGUUCCAUCUCUUUUCUUUCUUUCUUUAUUUUAUUUUUUUUUUCAAAAGAAGAGAGAGGAAAAUGGAGAGAGGCAUUGAUUUAAAAGAAUGACGUUGAGUAGAAAUUGAACGAGCGAUUUCUAAAGAAAAAAGAGGUUUUCAAGUGAUUCGUUUAGUGCAUAUUUACACAUGUCAAAAGUUCUUCAGUGAUUCACCGAUGAUUAAGUGCGUUAAACGUUCAAUAUUUUUAGAAACAAAUUGGUGUGUUAUAACGAAUUAUAAACAAUGAACAAGAAAUAAACAAUAAGAGAAUAUAACUCCCGUUGAAAAAGUACAUUAAAAAAAAAAAUAAUAAUAAUAAUGAUAAUAAUAUUAACGAUGAUAAUAAAAAAAAAAGUAACAUAAUCAUAAUAAGUGACCAUUAUUAAUAUACCAUUGAAGAGAAUAACAUUUCGUCUAAUUUCGUGUUGAUGAUUUAACUUACAAACAGACACACACACACGUAUAUGUACAUAUGCAUAUGUGUUCCCAACUAUAAAUACGUAUAACACAUACAUAUAUAUAUAUAUAAAUAUAUAUGCAUGCAUAUGUACGUGAAGAUAUAUGCGUGCACUUAAGUACACAGUCGUAGAUAAUCGUGUAUCCUGAUUGUCGUGUAUAUCCCUGUAACUCGUGCGCUAACAGGAAGGCUCCGUGUUUGUCACGUUUUCGACUAGAGAAGGGUGAGUUGAGGGUGGCGGUGGGGGUACGCUUGAAGAGGGGUUAGUUGAAUCGGCGCGGAGCGUGUUUCGGACAAUACAGAUUAUUCCGUGCACGAAGAUUACUGGAUGCACUGUGAGUACCAGACAAGCAACAGUAUAGGAUAUAUUACGAAAAGGCUUGCCACAUUGUCGAGGGUGGUUUGUGUAGGUGUUAUUAAGUGUUUGAAAAAAGAAGUGGAUUUGCAACAACCUUUCGUCGGUCAUUUAUCCUCAAAGACAGUCGUGUUACCGAAUUCUCCAAGUGUAUGAAGUGCAAGAAAUCUAGAGGAUUUAAAGGAUUCGAGAGAGUUGAUUAGCUAAUCGUAGACAGCCAUCAUCGUGACAAGGAAGCUGCCAUAACCAACACCACCACCACCACCAUGUGAUUUAUCGUCUUACGUGCUCGGACGAUCUCUCAGUCUACUUCUAUCAUCGUUUCACGUGAUAUCACAGACAACCCAACAUACCCCCCCCCCUCCCUCCCCGCUUUCUUUCUCAGUUCAAUCUCCCACUCACACCUUUAUCCUGAAGGAAAGGAAAAGAAACACAACUGAACAACUGAUUCGAAAAGAUCGUCCUGAGAUUGUACCUUCCAAAAGAAAUAACGAUCACAAGAGGGGUUAACAUGUUCCUGCUUAUCCGAUACUAUCAAAGGGUGGAAAAGAUGCCUUAAGAGUUCCAUGAAGAAAAACAAAAAUAAGGAAGAAGGGAAGGGAAGAAAAGAGAAGGGUUAGAAUAAGAAACAUCAACAGCGUUGGCAUCAGCAACGAAAAAGAAUAAUAAAAAGAAAGAGAAACAUUGUCGCCACAAGAGAGCAACCAGUUGCCAAUAAGAGACCAAGAAACCACAACCAACAAAAAGAGUUGAAUCUAAGAAAGAAAGAAAAAAAUACAAAGUCUGAGGAAGAAAAAGAGAAAAAGAAAUAGAAGAGUGAGGAGGAAUAAAAAGGAAGAGGUGUGGGAAGAAAAGAAGUCAAGUUUCGUGGGGAGAACUUAGGGGUCUCGGUUAUGCCACUGGCGUCGCUUCAGGUGGACGCCGGCAAAUGCUGUCAUGCUCCUGCCAUGCCAACCGGCGGCCGAAAAAAGGCCGCUGGUCACGCUGAGUACAAUCGGAGGAACGAAGGAUUAUUUUCUUGCCAAUCGACUAACGCCCAAAUUUCUGUUCUUUCUUUUCUUAAUUUUUAUUUUCUCGUCAAGCAACGUGAGGAAUCGUGCGAACGCUGUCACGCGUUACGCUUCGAGAAUCGUCGAGACCAAAAGUGGACAAAUUCGUGGAAUACUUCAGGAAUUUAACAGCAAACAUUUGGAUCCAGUAGAAGUAUUUCGUGGUAUCCCAUACGCCGCACCACCAAUCGGAGAUUUAAGAUUUCGUGCACCAAUUUCACCGAUACCUUGGAACGGUGUCAAAUUGGCGGAAACUUAUGGUUCCGUUUGUCCUCAAAAUCAUCCAGACAUCAGCAACGAAACUAUCGCUUUAUUGCAAAUGCCUGUCGGCAGAUAUCAACAAUUGAAACGUUUACUAGCAUUUUUGACCAAUCAAAGCGAGGAUUGUCUCUUUUUGAAUUUAUAUAUACCCGGAAGCGGAUCCCUUGGAUUGGAAGCACCCUAUGCAGUUAUGGUGUACGUGCACGGUGAAAGUUUCGAAUGGGGUUCAGGAAAUAUUUAUGAUGGAUCUGUACUGGCCAGUGCUGGUCAUGUUAUUGUCAUUACGCUUAAUUAUCGUUUAGGAAUAUUAGGAUUCCUUAGAACUCGUCCUUUCCCAGACAGGACAACAGGAUCAGGUGGAAACUUAGCAUUAAAGGACAUAGCAAUGGCUUUACGUUGGGUUCGUGAAAAUAUCGGUGCCUUUGGUGGUGACCCAACAAGGAUCACUUUAAUGGGUCAUGACACUGGUGCUGCUCUCGUAAAUCUUUUACUUCUUGCACCUUACGGUAAAGGUCUAUUUCAUCGCGUUGUAUUGUCAAGUGGCUCGGCAUUGAGCCCAUGGGCUUCUGUGCACGAUCCAAACGAUCUUAGGAUCAAAGUUGCUGAACAAAUAGGCUGUCCUACUGAAAACGACGAAGAUAUUGCUGAUUGUCUUCGAGGUGUAUCUUUGCAAGCUCUAAUGUCUGUCGAACUUCCUGAGAUCAGAUUCGUACCCCGAAUAGGACCGGGCUUACCCGUGGACCAAAACAAUCCUGAUCCAGGUCUUGACAUGGAACGAGCCAGUGAUGCCUUUAUAAAAGUACCCUUGAUCCUCGGAGUUUCCAGUACCGAAUCCAAUCUCGACUUUAACGCGAAUGAUAUUCAGUAUGGCUUCGAAGAGGAUCAUCGAAAUCGGAUCUUACGUACCUUCAUUCGAAACGCUUACGUUUAUCAUCUCAAUGAGAUAUUUUCAGCAGUGAGGAACGAAUACACAGAUUGGGACAAGCCUGUUCUACAUCCUAUAAUAAUACGUGAUUCAACAAUGGAAGCACUUAGCGAUGGUCACACAGUGGCACCGUUAAUGAGGAUUGCAUUUUAUCAUGCAAGAAGAGGAGCCCAGACAUAUUUUUAUCACUUCGAUUAUCAGACCAAGGACAGCGGCCAUCUUAAGCGUUUGGGUAGUGUACGCGGAGAGGACAUUCCAUAUAUUUUUGGAUUACCAUUGGUAGUAGGUGGUACUUUCUUCCCUCGUAAUUAUUCCCGACAAGAUCAGGGUGUCGCAGAAGCCGUCCUCACAUUUUUCACCAAUUUCGCUAAAACCGGAAACCCCAACGAGCCUCACAAAAUCGAAUCCGUAGAUUAUGGUACACCAAAAGAGAAAACACGUUUUCGGGGUCUAACGUGGGAACCAUAUGAGACUAAUUCUCAAAAAUAUUUAACGAUAGCUUUGAAACCUAAAAUGAAGAGCCAUUAUCGAGGUCACAAAAUGGCUGUCUGGUUAAAUCUGAUACCCCAACUUCAUCGACCAGGUGACGAUGACGUUUCUAUGAGACAUCAUCAUUUUCGUGAACGGGAAGAACACUAUUAUGCGGGUCCAGUUAGAGACGAAUGGUAUACACCACUUCCCUUAACGGGUACAACAAAAACCAGUGGAGCCUCCUCGACAACAGCUUGCAGUACAUCAACAAAUGACGAGACAAUAGCUGAAAAUAUCACCCCAAUUUUAGAAGAAUCCGAAGAGGACAAUGAAUUACUUCAAAGAUUAGCCUCUCGUCAUUACUACAGUACAACAACGGCAUUAGCCAUCACAGUUGGUGUUGGAUUGAUUUUACUAAUCCUAAACAUGCUCAUAUUCGCUGGCAUUUAUUAUCAACGUGAUCGUGACAAAAAAAGAGCUGCGAUGGAUUGUACACCGAAUGGACAAGAAUCUUUACCGAUGACUACGAGACCUGUCGCAGUUAAGGCUACAGAAAAUACGAAUAGACCUAGUCAAGAACCACCCCCAUCUUAUACAACAUUAGCAAGAAGUCCUUCUGUUCAAGAACACCAACAACAACAACAGCAACAACAACAACAACAACAACAACAACAACAACAGCAACAACAACAGCAACAGCCUCCUCAAGGCCAACAGCAAACAAUGAACGAAGAUGGACAAACAAAAGUGGACAAUAGAACAGGACAACAACAAAAUGUUGCUGCUGGUAAUGCAAUCCACAAAGAUCCAGUACCACCAAAACCACCAGUUAGAACUACCAGUUCUCUAAGUAGUAGCACACCUGGCAAUACCAAUACCAUAAAAAAACGAGUACAGAUACAAGAGAUAUCUGUAUAGCAUUAGGGGUUGCCGCCAGAGGGCGGCACCAUCAGACCAAAGAGGGUGACUUUCGUCGACUGUGAGGCCACGACCCAGUCUAGAUUCUAAAUAAGACUAAAUCAAACUUAUAUCUAUUAAUCAUCAUCGGGAAAUGGAUAAUCGAUGAUAAAAGACUGGUUUUGCCUUUUUACACAAACACAUGGACAUCUAAUCAAUCGUUAAUGAUUAUCUUUAGGAAAAAAAAAAGAUCAUUUAAGGAAAGAUUGUUUUAUCUUUCAGAUAACUGUGUUCUAAGAGUGUUCUUCUUUCGUUAGGGAUAACAAAGGUGCAAUGAUGAAUAUUUGUGUGUGUAUGCAUGUAUGCAAGUCUGUACGAAAGAAAUAGAGUGAAAGUGAGAGAAAUAGUUUUUGAAAAUCAGUACCUUCGUCCGCGUACUAUGCCAUAAAAUGUACAUUUUACAUUGAAGUUUACUUCUAAAAGAAAAAAAACAAACAAAUUAAUAUGGAACUCAAGUGAAAGAUUUGAAUGUUCUUACGUAUACACUUGUGUAAGUACUGUCUUACAUGUUGCUAUAUAUAUUUGAAUAAAAGAAAACAAACUCUUUAUAAUAGAGUUAAAAAAAUAAUGAAGUAUAUGCAACGUGAACACAUACACACACACAAGUAUACUUAACAUUCGUUAUAA